AUGACUGACAUCGAUCACGAAGCGCAAGUGGAAGCCGACGAACUCGCUGACGCCAACCAGACGGCGUACAACGAGCCCAAGAGAAACGUCUACUUCAGAUCGUCGCCCAUCCUGAACGACUUGUUGGCGGUGUUGGGGGAAUUGGUCGGGACCUUCAUCUUCUUGUGGACUGCCUUCAUGGUUGCCCAAAUUGCCAACCAAGAACCCCUCUUGCAAGAUGCUGCCUUCAAGGAAGCCAAGGGGUCGUCGCCUCAUCAAUUGAUCAUGAUCUCGUUCGGUUUCGGUUUUGGGGUCAUGGUGGCCAUUUUCCUCGUCGCCAGAAUCUCCGGUGGUAACUUGAACCCUGCCGUCACCCUUACUUUGAUCGCUGCCCGUGCCGGUCGUGGGCUUAUGAUCGAAGCCUUCGGUACCGCGUUGUUGUGUCUUACUGUGCUCUUCAUGGCGGUGGAAAAGUCGCCGGCUAACACUUUUGCCCCCGUGAUCAUUGGUAUCUCGUUGUUCGUGGGACACUUGUUCUGUGUCUACUACACCGGUGCUGGUCUUAACCCCGCCCGUUCUUUUGGCGCCUGUGUCGCCGCCAAGUCGUUCCCCGUUUACCACUGGAUCUACUGGAUCGGUCCCAUGAUCGGGUCGCUCAUUGCCUUCUGUGUCUGGAAGAUGUUCAAGUUGUUGGGCUACGAAAAAAUGGCCCAAGAAACCGACGACGAAUAA